AUGUGCCCUGUGGCCAGAGGUACCUUUAUCAAAACAAACACCGAAGGAGUCUUGAUUGUGGCCCAGAUUAUGGAUCCUUUCCAGCGCCCUCUGCUAAAACACCCCUCCGUUUCCCGUCCCACCUUCUGCACUUCCUGCGGGUCAUCAGAGUGCGAGCGUGCCGGGCACCAGCCACCUCUCCGCUCUGCUCUACACCCGGAGCUGCUAGGAUCAGCAGAGGAGCAGGAUAUUGCAUCUGCAUCCGAGGUGAAGAAGGAGUCCAGUGAGGCCAGUCCGGCGGACGCUGCGUGUCUCUGCUCUCCUCCGGUGGCCUCCGCCAAGAACCAGUGCGCGAGUUGUGGCAUGGAAAUCCAUGACAGAUACCUGCUGAAGGUCAACAACUUGAACUGGCACUUGGGAUGUUUGGAGUGUUCCGUCUGCAGAGCAUCGCUGCGCCAGCACAACAGCUGCUACGUCAAAAACAAAGAAAUCUAUUGCAAACUGGAUUAUUUCAGUAGGUUUGGCACCAAGUGUGCCCAGUGUGGGCGUCAGGUGUACGCCAGUGACUGGGUGCGGCGGGCCAGGGGCAGCGUGUACCACUUGGCCUGCUUCGCCUGCUUCUCCUGUAAGAGGCAGCUGUCCACCGGGGAGGAGUUUGGUCUGGUGGAGGGCAGGGUGCUGUGCCGUAGCCACUACGACAUCAUGCUGGACAACCUCCGCAGGGCCGCCGAGAACGGCACAGGCCUGACUUUGGAGGGGGCGCUGCCCUCUGAUCAGGACUGCCAGCCCAAACCAGCCAAGCGUGCGCGGACAUCCUUCACCGCAGAGCAGCUGCAGGUGAUGCAGACCCAGUUUGCCCAGGACAACAACCCUGACGCCCAGACUCUACAAAAACUGGCAGAAAUGACAGGACUGAGCAGACGGGUCAUACAAGUUUGGUUUCAGAACUGUCGUGCACGGCACAAAAAGCACCCACCUCAGAACGGCUAUUCCCAGAGUGCACCACUGUCCAGGAUGCCCCCCUCGCUGCCAGAAGACCUCCACUACUCCCCGUUCAGCAGCCCGGACCGGCCGCAUCUGCUGGCCCUGCAUGGAUACCUGGACAGUCAUCCCUUCUCAGUGCUAGCUGCCCCCAGCCACUUGGCCCAUCCGUCCAUCUCCUUACCGCAGCUUCCCAUCAGCCGCUGACCUCCUGUAACUAGUUUCCCCUCAUCACCUCGCCGAUAUUUUGGAUCCCGGGACGUUCUGUCAGUAAUCUGCUCUAUUUGGGAGUCUAAUCCCCGUACAGGACCUCAGCCAUCGGCUCGCAAACUCUUGGAUUCCUAAUGGUGAGACUGCCGAGCUAACUUGU